CCCAGGCGGAAGCGGUGCACCGGGCUGCUUACUCCUGCGGGUUGACGGCUUGGCACGCUAGUCAACUGCGAGGCGGCUCGGAACCCCCCGGUGCAUGGAUCACACGUGCGACGAGAGGGCCACGGAGGAUAGGAGCGACGAGGAGGACUCCGACUCCCCGGAAGUCCCGGCCCGGACCCGGGACACCCCUGAAGACAUCGUUUUGGAAGCGCCGGCCAGUGGGCUGGCGUUCCACCCGUCCCGCGACCUCCUGGCGGCGGGGGACGUGGACGGGGACGUGUUCGUCUUUUCUUACUCCUGUCAAGAGGGAGAAACCAAAGAGCUCUGGUCCUCAGGUCACCACCUCAAGUCCUGCCGUGCCGUGGUCUUCUCUGAAGAUGGGCAGAAACUUGUUACUGUCUCCAAGGACAAAGCCAUCCACGUUCUAGACGUGGAACAGGGCCGACUGGAAAGACGCAUUUCCAAGGCUCACGGUGCCCCUAUCAACAGCCUGCUGCUAGUGGAUAUGAAUGUUCUGGCCACUGGGGAUGACACAGGUGGCAUCCGGCUCUGGGACCAGCGGAAGGAAGGCCCCUUAAUGGAUAUGCGGCAACAUGAGGAGUACAUUGCUGACAUGGCUCUGGACCCAGCCAAGAAGCUGCUGCUGACAGCCAGUGGAGAUGGCUGCCUUGGUGUCUUCAAUAUUAAGCGACGCCGGUUUGAGCUGCUUUCAGAACCUCAGUCUGGAGACCUGACCUCUGUCACAAUCAUGAAAUGUGGGAGGAAGGUGGCCUGUGGCUCCAGUGAAGGCACCAUCUAUCUCUUCAAUUGGAACGGCUUUGGGGCCUCAGGUGACCGCUUUGCCCUGAGAGCCGAGUCCAUUGACUGCAUGGUUCCAGUCACUGACAGUCUGCUGUGCACUGGGUCUACCGAUGGAGUCAUCAGGGCUGUGAACAUCCUGCCGAACCGAGUGGUGGGCAGUGUGGGCCAGCAUGCCGGGGAGCCUGUGGAGGAGCUGGCCCUCUCCCACUGCGGCCGCUUCCUGGCCAGCAGUGGCCAUGACCAGUGCCUCAAAUUUUGGGACAUGGCCCAAUUGCGGGCUGUGGUGGUGGAUGAUUACCGUCGGCGCAAAAAAAAGGGAGGGCCGCUUCGGGCGCUGAGUAGCAAGGCUUGGAGCACCGAUGACUUCUUUUCAGGACUGAGGGAAGAGGAAGAGAAGGAGGAAGAGGAGAGGGAGGAUGACAGUGACUGAGGGGAUGAGUUGAAUCUCAAGACAGGUCCUCACUGGGCAAGAGUCUUGCUUCCUGGGCUGGAUCCCCAGAGGCUAUGAAUCUGUCAUACCCUCUUGUACAGCAUAAGGAGAUGGGCAAAUAGAGGCUCAGGACUGUGGGGAAGUAGAGCUGCUCACUCUACCAGUGGAAGACAAGCCCACAGCUGGGGCAAGAUAGCACGGACACAGGUGUACACCAACCAGGGGUUUAAUAUAAAUACAACCAGCAUAAACAAACAAACCAACAGUACACAUACACCAAAACCAAAACACCAAGUGGUGGGGACAAAAGGCAGGUUUCUGACCCUUUGGCUCAGCCAUCCCCCAAAUAAAAACAAAGACAAAUCAAGAAAAUAAGUGAAGAUUCGUGCUAAGCUGUGGGAGGAGACGGAGUGUGUGUGUCACACAGAGAAAGGCCAAGGGAUACUCUGGGCUGGGAGAGAGAGGGCAAGGUCCCUCACCACAACUUAGCCAAAUCUGAGCUGUCUCCAAGUGCACUGGGGCUGGGCCCCAGCUGGGAGGCUGUGUCAGGCCUAGGGCAGGGCCCAUGCUCCUCCCGUUUUGGGGACCAGAUGGUGGCUGCCCAGACCUGCUGGGUUGGGGACUGACACAGGCUCUGCUGACUUGUUCAGGCUGCCUGCAGAGGAUGGGGUUACUGCUUAACCAUGGUACCUGCCUCAGCUCCAGGAGACCACAGGGCGCUGGCCCCAGACUCGCUCACUGCCCCAGCACAUGAAAGGAGGCUGGCCCCAGACUUGCUCAGUGCCUCCAGCAGCCGUGCAGACACAGCAUCCUUGGCCACCUCAUGCCCAUCCUGCCCUUCCACGGUUAGCACAACCCAGAUGAGGCCACUGAAGGGCACUGGAUGCCCAGGGAUCACCACCUGGUACCAGAAGUGGUGCCAGCCAGCAGGGCCCGUGCCCAAGCACUUGGUGAGGAACACUGGGCUACCCAGCUUCAUCCGUUGGCACAGCAGCUGCAAGGCAGUUCGAGCCCCUUGGGACGCUAGCUUGUCCCUAGCGAGGGCCAACCCGCUGCCUUCUGGCUGUAGGCACCUCGGCGAGGGCCCCACAAGCUGCUGGCGGAGUCGGUGCUUCACGUCUGGCUUGAGCCACUCCACAGCCACCUGCUCUCCACAGAGGCGUGACUGCCCUGUAGGAAAAAGGCAGAGACAAGGACAGGUCUUAGCCCUGCACCCAAGCCCUGUGAGUCCUUAGGAGUCAAGUCACACAAUUACCAGGUGAUGUGACCUCUGGCAAAAUAACAAGGCUUCAUUGUGUUUGUAAAAAGGGUGCAGUAACAGCUACCUUCUAAGUUUUCUUGGAGGAGUACUGAUUGGAUGCUGGCUUUAUCUACUGCAAAACCAUAAAACUACCAACCUUUACUGUGAAUACUUGCCAAGAAUCAAGGAAUGUGCUAAGCAUCCAGCUUAAUUCUCACAACAGACAACAGUCUCAGUUGGACUGCCUUGGGCAAGUCCCUUUCUUAAAACAAUCUUCUCUAACGAGGGAGAUGUUGUAUAUUUUUCAUUGGAAUGUUGAGGGUUAAGUUAGGAGAUAACACAUGGGAAGUAUUAAAUUUAGGUAAGUGGUAGUACCAUUGGCAAUUUUAAGAGCUGAGUUCAAAUAAAUAAUAUAAAGUUGCAAA